GAAGCGGUGUGAUUAAAGAAUGAGCGAGUUUGAAGAAUCUGGUAUUGGUGAAGAGUGUGGAGUUUUCGGCUGUGUUGCAGCAGGAGAAUGGCCAACGCAACUAGAAGUUGCCCAAGUGUUAACGUUGGGACUUGUAGCCCUGCAACAUCGAGGUCAGGAAAGUGCCGGAAUCGUCACAAGUAAUGGAGUCAACCCGCCAACAUACAACACCCUGAAGGGGAUGGGCUUGGUGAACAAUGCCUUCCCACCUGAGGACCUCCUGAAGAUGCGCUCCUGUAACCUGGGCAUCGGGCACACACGCUACUCCACCACGGGCAUCUCCGAGCUGCAGAACUGCCAGCCCUUCGUGGUGGACACGCUGCACGGCAAGAUCGCUGUGGCGCACAACGGGGAGCUGGUCAACGCCGCAGCACUGAGGAGGAAGGUGAUGCGUCACGGCGUGGGCCUGUCAACCAGCUCUGACAGUGAGCUCAUCACCCAGCUGCUGGCUUUGACUCCACCCAUGGAGGAAGUGGAUGCCCCGGACUGGGUGGCCAGGAUAAAAAACCUGAUGCACGAGACGCCAACAUCCUACUCCCUGCUGGUGAUGUACACAGAUGUGAUCUAUGCUGUCCGGGACCCAUACGGAAACAGGCCACUCAGCAUCGGCCGCCUUGUCCCCGUUUCUAAGCUUCACACCGCUGUGGCUGGCGAGGGAGACACUGAAGGCUGGGUGGUUUCAUCAGAGUCCUGUAGCUUCCAGUCCAUCGGUGCCAAGUACUACAGAGAGGUGAUGCCUGGAGAGAUAGUCCAGAUCUCCAAACACGGUAUCAAGUCCCUGAGCAUCGUCCCUCGCCCUGAGGGAGACCUCCCUGCGUUCUGCAUUUUUGAAUAUGUUUACUUCGCCAGACCAGACUCUAUAUUUGAAGGUCAGAUGGUGUACACGGUGAGGCAGCAAUGUGGACGUCAACUGGCUAUUGAGGCCCCGACGGAAGCAGACGUGGUCAGCACUGUGCCGGAGUCUGCUACUCCUGCUGCCCUGGGAUACGCACAGCAGUCUGGACUGCCAUACGUGGAGGUUUUGUGUAAAAAUCGCUACGUUGGCAGAACGUUUAUUCAACCAAACACACGUCUCAGGCAGUUGGGAGUGGCCAAGAAGUUUGGCGCACUGACAGACAACUUUGCAGGCAAGCGAGUGGUGCUGGUUGAUGAUUCCAUCGUUCGGGGCAACACCAUAUCUCCCAUUAUAAAGCUGUUGAAAGAAGCUGGAGCAACAGAGGUCCACAUUCGUGUCGCAUCCCCACCUAUCCGGUUCCCAUGCUACAUGGGCAUCAACAUUCCCACCAAGGAGGAGCUCAUCGCCAACAGGCCGGAGUUUAAAGACAUUGCUGGCUACAUUGGAGCCACCAGUGUGCAGUACCUGUCGGUGGAGGGCCUGGUGUCAGCGGUACAAGGCGGGAUUCCCUCCAUCCAGAAGGGGGAGAGGAUCAGCACCAAGCCCAGCAGGAGAGUGGGCCACUGCACCGCUUGCCUCACAGGCAAAUACCCUGUGGAACUGGAAUGGUGACCGCUGACCCAAACUGCCAACUGUAACCUGACCACUAGUGACCCCUCCCUAAUGGGUCAACAAAUACAAGUGAUACUGAAGAUACUACAGUGAUGCCAGCCCCAGAUGAACACAACUCUCCCUUCCACUGACCACACUGUGGUUAAUGGUACUAAACAUAGACCCUAUUCAGUCUGUGCUGCAGAAGGUCAGCAUAAGUGUGAUUUAAAUUUCAAGUCUGCAUUUGACAGCAUAACUGGAAAUUACAGCUGACGUGCGAGGAUUGAGACAUGCAGAUUAAAUCGAACCUUUUAUCUUACUGAGGUGUUUCUUGGAGCAUGCCUCGUCUUAGUAGAAACAUUACAGUAACAGAUUUCCCACUUGGUGAUAUCCCCGUUAUUGUACUCAUCUGGUGGUCCCACGGGUCUGCUAAUUAAUCCCAGGAUGAAAUGUCUCACCAGCAAAAAAAUAAAAACAGUUAAUCUGAUGAUUGGUCAGUGGGGGUGCUUAUCAAUUCUAAGUAUGGGGUGUGUGGUCUUACUUCUUGUAAUGGCACAACUGAGACUACUUCCACAAACUGGAAGGAUUGCUAUAUACUGAAUAGCUCCUGAAUACUAUUGCUGCUUGUCUGCUUUGGUGUAAAUUCAUUCUGGCAACAGCCAUUUGAUGUUCAGUAUAACCAAGCCUUUUCCAUCCAUAUAAUAGUUAAUUCCAUUGUUUACAUUUUCUUUUAUUAAUCACAAAUGGUCAACAGGUCAUGUUUCACAAGUGUUUUAAAAUUACAUACACGACAUCCAACAAAUUGCAUUCAUUGAGUUUUCCCAACCCUGGCCUUUCACUCUGGGGAUUUGUUAUACAUUGUCUUUAGCUAUGAGACGCACAAGCUAUUAAACCAAAAAUGUUAUGUGAA